GAAAUGGAGAAGAAGAGGACAGACCUCUUAAAAGAUGUGACGUCCAACAAGAGAAAAAUGAAGGAGCUCGAGGACGAUCUUCUGUUCAGACUUACCAGCACACAGGGUUCACUUGAGGACGAUGAGAGUCUGGUUUCGUUUCUCAGAACCACAAAGCAAACCGCUGAGGAAGUCACUCAGAAACUCCAAAUUGCUGCCGUGGCCACUAGAGGCAGCAUCCUGUAUUUCCUGAUCACUGAGAUGAGUAUGGUCAACGUCAUGUAUCAGACUUCUCUCAGACAGUUCCUGGGGCUUUUUGACCUUUCACUUGCUCG